AUGCCGCUGUCCAGCUUCCUGGAGAGCACCCAGGGUCUUGCACUGCAGUAUUUGGGUAGGUAUGGUUGGCAGAAGUUUCCUGGAGUCUCUAUUGACUCCGUCCAGGAGGUGUGUGAGGGGAAGCAGUCAGAGAUUUUCCAGCGCUAUGCUGAUGGGAGUUUUGACCCCAACUGUUGCUUCAGCAUCUAUUAUGGGGACCACAUGGAGUCACUGGACCUGGUGUCCUCCAGCGGGGAAGAAGCUCGAACCUGGAUCACGGGUCUCCGGUACCUGAUGGCAGGGAUCAGUGAUGAAGAUAGCCUGUCCAAACGCCAGAGAACUCCCUCAAAGUGGCUGAAGCAGACAUUUGAUGAGGCAGAUAAGAAUGGGGAUGGAAGCCUGAGCAUUAAUGAAGUACUCCAGCUCCUUCAUAAGCUGAAUGUGAACCUUCCCCGGCAGAAGGUGAAACAGAUGUUUAAGGAGGCAGAUACGGAUGACAACCAGGGCACGCUGGGCUUUGACGAGUUCUGUGCCUUUUACAAGAUGAUGUCUACCCGCCGGGACCUCUACCUGCUCAUGCUCACCUACAGCAACCACAAGGACCAUCUGGACACAGAGGAUUUGAAGCGCUUCCUGGAAGUGGAACAGAAGAUGACAGAUGUAACCAAGGAGUACUGCCUGAACAUCAUUGACCAAUUUGAGCCGUGCCUGGAGAACAAGAGUAAGGAGGUGCUCGGCAUUGAUGGUUUUACAAACUAUACCCGGAGUCCAGAGGGAGACAUUUUCAACCCCAAGCACUACCAAGUGAACCAGGACAUGACCUAUCCAUUAAGCUACUACUUUAUCACCUCUUCCCAUAAUACCUACCUCAUUGGGGACCAGCUCAUGUCCCAGUCUCGGGUGGACAUGUACUCAUGGGUCCUGCAGGCUGGCUGCCGCUGUGUGGAAGUGGAUUGUUGGGAUGGACCAGAUGGAGAACCCAUCGUGCACCAUGGUUAUACUUUGACCUCCAAGAUCCUCUUUAAAGAUGUCAUUGAGACGAUCAACAAAUAUGCCUUCAUCAAGAAUGAAUAUCCAGUCAUCCUGUCCAUCGAGAACCACUGCAGUGUCCUUCAACAGAAGAAGAUGGCACAGUAUUUGACUGACAUCCUAGGGGACAAACUGGAUCUGUCAUCAGUGAGCAGUGAGGAAGACUCCACCACUCUGCCAUCUCCUGAGAACUUGAAAGGCAAGAUCCUAGUGAAGGGGAAGAAACUCCCAGCAAAUAUCAGUGAAGAUGCAGAGGAGGGGGACGUAUCUGAUGAGGACAGCGCUGAUGAAAUCGAUGAUGACUGCAAGCUAAUGAAUGGAGAUGUAAGUUAUAGAGCCCUUCGGGUCUUGGAGGAAGAAGCCAAAAGGGGAAGGAACAAAGCUGAAGAAGAGGUGGAAUCCGGGGAAGACCUGAGUGGCAGCAAGCGAAACAGUCGACUGCUAAUGAGUAGCUUCUCCAAACGCAAGAAAAAGGGCAGCAAAUUAAAGAAGACUUCCAGCUUAGAAGAAGGGGAUGAUGAUUUGGAUUCUCAAGGAAGCCAAAGCAAAGGGGUAAACCGGCAGAAGAAGACCAUGAAACUGUCCAGGGCUCUCUCUGACCUGGUGAAAUACACCAAGUCUGUCGGCAUCCAUGAUGUGGAAACAGAGGUCUCCUCUAGUUGGCAAGUAUCAUCCUUUAGUGAAACCAAGGCCCACCAGAUUCUACAACAGAAGCCGGCCCAUUAUCUGCGUUUCAACCAGCAUCAACUCUCCCGCAUCUACCCAUCCUCAUACCGUGUGGACUCAAGUAACUACAACCCCCAGCCCUUCUGGAAUGCUGGAUGUCAGAUGGUUGCCCUCAACUACCAAUCAGAGGGAAGGAUGCUCCAGCUGAACCGCGCCAAAUUCAAUGCCAAUGGCAACUGUGGCUAUGUCCUCAAGCCCCAAUGCAUGUGUCAAGGUGUCUUCAAUCCCAACUCUGAAGACCCUCUCCCAGGGCAGUUGAAGAAACAGCUGAUACUUCGAAUUAUCAGUGGGCAGCAGCUCCCCAAACCACGGGACUCCAUGUUGGGUGACCGAGGAGAGAUCAUUGACCCUUUUGUGGAAGUCGAGAUCAUCGGGUUACCCGUGGACUGUAACAAGGAGCAGACCCGGGUCGUCGAUGACAACGGCUUCAACCCCAUGUGGGAGGAGACCCUGGUGUUCACAGUGCACAUGCCAGAGAUCGCGCUGGUACGGUUCCUGGUCUGGGAUCAUGACCCCAUUGGGCGGGACUUCAUCGGGCAGAGGACGUUGGCUUUCAACAGCAUGAUGCCAGGUUAUCGGCAUGUCUACCUGGAAGGGAUGGAAGAGGCCUCCAUCUUUGUUCACGUAGCUAUCAAUGACAUCUCCGGUAAGGUCAAACAGGCUUUGGGCUUAAAAGGCCUCUUUCUCAGAAAUCCAAAGCAGGCGUCCCUGGACAGUCAUGCUGCUGGUCAGUUCCACAACAGACACUCCAUUAGCGGCCAGCUCCUGAGGCGCACGGCCAGCGCGCCCACCAAGAGCCAGAAGAAGGGUAAAAAGGGCUUUCCUGAACUCACCAUGGACACCAAAGACAACGGCCCGGAGGGGGCCGGGGAGGACACCUCCCAGCCCCGCUUUGACUCCGAGCCUGAGAGUGCAGCCCCAGCCCCCGGAGCCCUUCCUGAGGGGCCAGGCCGAGGGCCCAAAGGUAAGGCCCAGGGUCCUGGGACAGGGAGAAGCCAGAGCCACACAGCCGAGGGGCCGGCCUUGAGCGAGCCCCCCCGGAGGUCAGAGAGGUUCCUGGGCCUGGGCUCCCCGGGUGAGAGGCCGGGCACCCCGGAUGGCUCCGGGCCGGCCGGCAUGGCAGCCAGCUGCAUGAAGUGCAUGAUUGGCUCCUGCGAAGGGCCCGAGGUCGAGGGCCAGUGGAGCGGCUGCCGGCCCUGCCCGGGGCCUGCCAUCAGGGAGGCCCCCCGGCCUGAGCAGUGUAGCGGGGGGCUCGGAGGAAUCGGGAGGCUGGGCCUCAGACCCUGGGGGAUCGGCGAGCAGCCCCGCGCCCGGCCUGCCUCGCUCACUCCUGGCCCCGGGGGUGGCAGCAGCAACAACAGCAACAGCAACCGCAACAGCAGCCACGAAGCUGUCCGAGCCCCCCUGGACAAUGGGCAGCCCCUGGCGGCCCUGGCAAGGAAGAGCAGAAACUUGUCUAAAUGCCACGGGGCCAAGGGAGGGAGAUACGGGAGCGCUGCGAACCUGGUUACUGCCGGCAGUGGCUCCGUGUCCUCGGACUCCAGCAGCCUAGAGAGCCUCAGGGGGGCCGAGAAUGCCCGAAGGCCGGUGGGCACCUUGCAGAGGGAAAUGAAUGCUUUGUUUGUUCAAAAAUUGGAGGAGAUUCGGAGUAAAUCCUCUCUAAUCUUUGCUGGCUCCGUAGCUCUGCCCCUGGUCGUUAUUCCUCCUGUGAGCCAUCCUGUUCUCUACCCACCAUGA